CGCGAAGCCCCGGCGGCAUGUCGUUCGCGGCCUCCCUGGCGCGCCCCCUCGGCGCGCGCUCUCUCCGCUCGACGCGCUCGGACUCCCCGACCCAUCAUCGCUCCCACCGUCGCGCCGCACGCAUCCGCGCCGCCGAAGCCGAGCCCGCGCCCACCGAGACCAAGGGGCGGUUCCGGCGACGCGACCCGGACGCGGCGCCCAAACCCGCCCCUCUGGGAUCGGGCCCCGACGCGAACGCGCCGCCCUCGGGUAUCAAGGUCAUCCCGGUGGAGCAACGCAGCAGGGACGCCUUCCAGGGCGUGGCGAAGGUGGACGGCGAGGCCGAGGAUCCCGCGCUCAGGAGCGCCAAGCUCGCGGCUGGGGAUGCGCUCGCCAUCCUUGCCUUCGCGGCGAUCGGGCGCGGGAACCACGGCGAGGGGAUGUUCUUCGGGGACGUGCUCGGGACCGCGCUGCCGUUUCUGAUUGGAUGGUUCGCCACCGCGCCCCUCACGGGGACGUUCGGCGAGGACGCGAGGAGUACCAAGACGAGUAACGCCGCGUUCGCCGCGGCGAAAGGUGUGAUCGCGGGGGUUCCCGCCGGCCUGGUGCUUCGGUCCAUCGGCAAAGGCGCGGUCCCGCCGGUGCCCUUUGCGAUUGUCGCCAUGGUGGCCAACGGGGUCCUGCUGGUGGGCUGGCGGACGUGGUUCGCCGGGCGAGGCGCGGGGGGCGCCGGGGCGGGCGGGAAUAAGAAGGGGAACCCGCUGGAGUUUAUGAGCCUGCUCAUGUCCCUCACCAAGCGCUGGUGAGGAGGACGCGCUAGCUAGUCCCCGAUGUAAACCGAGUACCAGAAGUUU